GGUAUAAAAAGCAUAUGGAACAGGAGACCCGGUCCGACCAGGUUGUGCAGCUAUAAAGCAGCACAAUGAAGUCGCUCAGCCUUGCAGCUCUACUGAUCGGCCUUAUAGCGUUCGAUAACCUUAAGACCUGUCAAGCCAGUAGGCAGUUUACCGAAAGGACGAGCAGAAUCUCCGAAUUUGGAGAUCAGGGUGAAUUUACAGGUGUACCUGUGCAAUAUCUCCUCCGCAGUGGAAACGCACUUGACGCUGACAAUGGUGGCACCACAUCAUACGGCGGAAGUGGAUACGGCGCUGCAUCUCGUGAAUUUCAAGGCGAAAAUACAGGCACACUAGAUGAUGGCGACACCUACGGAAGAAGUGAUGCUGACCAGUAUGGUGGUAUCAAACGCAUUCCUCACCGCAGAGUCAUAUUAAUCCUUAUUGGCAGACGUCCACGGUCACAGGAUGGUGGUGGAUCAGGAGAAGAUCGAGAAAUAUGGGGAAGGCAAGGUGGUGACUAUUCUUCAGGUGAUGAGUCCAUAAGCCAGCGACGAAGGCUAAAACGGUUGCUGCUCAGAAUCCUACUUAAGAAAAUUCUGCUCGCAGCGGCAAGACAGAGGUCAGUGGGCGAAGGAACUGAAGAGGGGCAAGGUGGUGAUGACCUUGGUACAAAGUCACAGUGGGGGCGCAGUGAACCAGGUUGGCAGUCAGGACGGCGUUUAGGCGAAGGCAGUGACUCUGGCUUCACAGAUACAUUUGAUGGCCGUGGAGGCCGGUGGGGAACAGAUGGUCUUGGUGUAGUAAGCGGACCUGUAUCGGUGAGGCUCGGGGGGCAAAAUACAGGAGACAGUAGUGACUUGUACGGAUCAGGUAAUGAACAGGGUCCUCAAAACGGCCCCUACUGGAUACCUAGCGAAACCUCAAGUGAUGUCACAGGUGGCAUUCCCAGAACGAGCGGUGAAGGAGGUGGCGGAUACUUCAGCGACGCCGCAAAUGGUGGUACCGGUUACGGCAGUCUCAGUCACAUGACAAAUCUUGGUGUUGGAAGUCAACGAAUUCCAUUUAACGAAAUGUACGGUUCUGGGAGCGGAGGAUUAAACGACUUGAGAGGUUUCGAAAGUUCCAGUGAUAGUUUUUCAGCCCAACCAAAUACAUGGCAGGGAACUGGUAGCAGCUUUGCACAGGACCAGAAUCCCCUUGUACGAAGCAAUGAAGGCACCUCAUAUGGUGGAAUCUCAGCAGACCUGCAAUCUGCGAACCCAGGACGCAACUAUUACGCAAAUUUAAUACCAUAUCAAGAUUUGAGGAGAGUGCCUAGCACAUACGUUGAAAGUGGCCAGGCAGGCAGCCUUGGCGGCAGCUACGACACCAGGCUUGGAGAAACACCUGUCAAUGCAUUCGGCGUCGCCUCAAAUGCCGGAUACAGUGGAGUAUUCGGAGGAUCACCAGGUCAAAACCAGGCAGGAUCAAGAGGAAUCAAUGAAGCUUACCAUGGCAGCAAUUCACCUAACGUAAAGACGGCUAGUGUGAACACGGAAUGGCCACAGCAAAGAUCUUAAAAUGCUUGUUUUCCUAAACGACCCUAAAUGGGAUCUGCCUCAUGCAAGCAGACAUUACAGCCCGCGCAACGUAUUUUGAUUCAUUUGCUCAUUUUUUUUGUUCUUCAAAAUAAAAACCCGACACCCUUGGU